AUCCAGGGUCGGCUCGGAUCUUGAAGCUUUUCAAACGUCGGUUUGGCAGACCUAAACAGCAGCUUGUCGUCUCUACGCCACCCCAGGGUCGCUCAAUUGCUCCCCAAUUGCCGGCCAUUUCUUUCUCCUGUCCCAAUUCUUGCUUCCAUCAAAAGCAACCAUGAUGUCGAAGUCUUCUUUCGGUCGUACGGCGCAGCGUGCGCUCCGGACACAUCGUCGGGCCUUUGCCUCUGCCGCUUCUCCCAGCACUCUGUAUGAGACCACCGAGGCUGCAGGCAUUAAGGUCGCCAACAGAGAGCUAGCAGGUGCUACUUCUUUGUUGGCAGUUGUUUCCAAGGCUGGCUCUCGCUACCAGCCCGUCCCCGGCUUCUCUGAUGCUCUUGCUCGAUAUGCUUUCCAGUCCACAUACAAACGAUCGGGCUUGCGUAUCACUCGUGAGGCAGAGCUUCUAGGUAGCAACCUCACAGCCAAGAACACGCGCGAAAAUGUCGUCCUCCAAGCCAAGUUCCUAUCUGCAGACCUUCCCUACUUUGCCGAGCUUCUCGCAGAGGUUACCUCUCAGACCAAAUACAGUGGUUAUGAGUGGGCCGAAUUGGUCCUUCCCACCAUCAAGCUCCGCCAGCAGGUCCUCUUCUCCAACCCAGAGACUUUAGCCUUGGAAUCAGCCCACGCAUCUGCUUUUCACCGUGGUCUUGGUGAAAAUACAUUCGCUACUGCUUCUACCCCAUUCGAAUCUUACUUCACCGAAGACGGUCUCGCCGAAUUCGCCCAGAGCGCCUAUGCUAAGCCCAACAUCUCCCUCGUCUCUGUGGGACCCAACUCCAGUGAAGUGUCCAAGUGGGUGAAUCAAUUCUUCGCUGGACACUCUGCUUCCCCCGUCGCUGGCCAGUUCAAGGUCAAGGACACCGUUCCAUCCAAGUUCUAUGGUGGCGAACAACGCACAUCCAGCAAGGCCGGUAACGCCGUUGUCAUCAGCUUCCCUGGUUCUGCUCAGUACGGUGCUUCUGGGUUCAAGGCUGAGGCUGAUGUCCUCGCUGCCCUCCUCGGUGGUGAGUCCACCAUCAAGUGGUCUCCAGGUUUCUCUCUCCUCGCCAAGGCCGUGGAGGGUGAGACUGGUGUUAGCGUUUCGACCAAGAACUACGCUUACUCUGACGCUGGACUCUUCGCCAUCACCAUCUCUGGAAAGGCCGAUGGUGUUGCUACCGUUUCCAAGCGCGCUGCUGAGACUAUUAAGCAGGUUGCUGCUGGUGAGGUUCCUGCCGAGGUUAUCAAGAAAGCUAGUGCAUUGGCCAAGUUCCGUGCCUUGGAAGCUUCCCAGGUUGCCGAGACUGGUGUUGAGCUCACUGGCUCUGCUUUGAUUAACGGCGGCAAGCCAUACCAGAUCAGCGAGCUUGCUUCAAGCUUUGAGAAGGUUUCCCCUCAACAAGUUCAAGAUUUGGCCAAAUCGUUCGUCUCUGGAAAGGCCUCCAUCGCCGCCGUGGGAGAUUUGCACAAACUUCCUUUCGCCGAAGACCUCGGUCUCACCAUCUAAGUGCAAUCUUGUACAACCCGGUUCCGAUAUAAGCGUAAGAAGAAACACCAGGGACAAAAGAGAAGAAACUACAAAAUAGAAAGAUGAUGAAAAAUAUGUACUAGAUUUCCCCCUUUCCUCCCUUUUUCUUCUUACCAGCCUGUGAAAUUAUAUGAAGCCUAAAAUUUCAUCAUUGCGAGUCUACAUCAUAAAUAUCUAUCUAGACCUGCUUUUUUUUUGCUGCUACUCAACCUUUUCUUUUGUCUUUGCUAUUGCUGAUGUACUUGUAUCAUUGGAAUUGAGAUAUCUUUUCUUUC